AUGGUCGCUACUGUUGAUAUCCCCAAGCACUACACUGCGUCUCCGUCGUCGCACAUCGGCACUCCCCACUUGACUAUCAACAAGGAAGCUACCAUUGACCUUGACUCUACUAAUGCUUUUGAGGGGCCCGAGAAACUCCUAGAAGUAUGGUUCAGCGGUUCUGCCACCGACCUGCCUGGUCAGGCCGGUCCGCUCGGUCUCAAGAAGGUGUCCGCUGAAGUAUGGAAGGAGAUGCUUGAUCUUGUCAACUGCAAGGUCCUUUCCGUUAUCGAAUCCGAGCAUGUCGAUGCAUACCUCCUCUCCGAGUCGAGCUUCUUCGUAUUCCCGCAUAAGGUAGUGCUGAAAACUUGUGGCACGACGACCCUGCUUUGGGGUUUGCCUCGCCUUUUGGAGAUCGCCGCUCUAGAGGCGGGCUUUCCGCAUGUAGCUCCUCAGCCCACCAAGGGUAUCGCUGCCGCUGCCACACCCUACCGCGUCUUCUACAGCAGGAAGAAUUUUCUCUUUCCGGACGAGCAGCGUGGACCUCACCGCAGCUGGCGUGAUGAAGUCGCUUACUUGGACCAGCGAUUCCAGGGUGGCAGUGCUUAUAUGAUUGGCAAGAUGAACGGCGAGCACUGGUACCUCUACAUUACUGGUCCUGAUACGACUUUGACUCCACCUCCCAGUCCGGACCGAGAGAUCGUUGAGACGGAGACCAAGGUCAUGAGCUACCCUCAGAAGCUACUUCCCGAGACUAUGACGGACGAAGAAGAAGACGAGACGCUGGAGAUUCUCAUGACUGACCUCGACGAGAAGAACGCCCGUCAGUUCUAUCUCGAGGACGCGAGUGCGGUCGCGGAAGGUCGUUAUCUCCAGAAAACUCGUGAGGCUCGUAAGAAUGCUAUUCAAUCUCUUGGAUCUAUCCCAGAAGAGCAUCCCGAGAGUCUGGGCGGUUCCACCAUUCUCAACACCAACCACACGGACUCGUCUUUCGAUGUUUUCGAGCAAACCUCUUCUGAUCAUUCUGGCUUCAAUUCGGAUGAGGAUGACCCUCUUACGUUCCCAGAGGAGCUGACCACCGAGGGCCACACUCUGGGAACUGUCGUCUCUGAGACCUGUGGCCUGGCCGAUGUUUACCCUACCUCAAAGUACCCCGAUGCUCGCAUUGACGCGUACCUCUUCACACCCUGCGGCUUCUCUGCCAAUGGCGUCAUUCCAGCUCCAGGUGGCGCUCCUGUAGGUACCAAGAAGGGCUCCGAUGCCACGCACUACUUCACCGUGCACGUGACGCCUGAGCCGCAGUGCUCUUAUGCCUCGUUCGAGACCAACGUCCCUGCGCACCAGACUGGCCGCGAGACCUCGGACAUUGUCGACCAUGUCGUUGGUAUCUUCAGGCCAGGACGCUUCAGUGUUACGCUCUUUGAGGCGAAGCCUUCUGAAGACGCCUCUUCGGGUGCGAAGACAGCCAAGAAGAGCAAGAACAUGGAUGCAAUCAAGGGCUACAAAAGGGUUGAUCGCAUCGUGCACGAUCUGGAUGGCUAUGACCUGGUCUUCAGAUACUACGAGAGGGACGACUGGAAGGGUGGAAAGCCGAGACUGGGUGAGGUGCUGUAG